UCAGUGGGCCAGGGAGGCAAAUAGGCGGAGUUAAUUGGAUCACUAGGGAAAGUAAAACACAUUCAUUUGCGCUGGCAGAGUUAGGAACGUCUGCGAGGAUGAAGGUGUAGCUAUUUCUUGUAGGUUUUAGACUGCUUAACCCCAGCUGAAGUGAGCCAAGUGUUUGAUGAGGGAAUAAUUUUGUAUUUGCAAAAUGAUUUGCUGACAAUAUAUGAAAUAUUAGCAGGUUUUAAUGAGUCGUUGUCAUUGCAAGAAUGGCAACGACGGCUCUGACUGGUUUUUCCAUGAUGAGCCUGCUCAGCCUCGGGUACCUGACCUGGGAUCUGAUGAGCCCCAACCAGCUGGAAAAUAAGCCUGACCGGACUUUUCACAACAGUUUUCCCGUCCCACAGCCUCCUCAUAUAAUCUUCAUCAUGACAGAUGACCAGGGCUUCAAUGACAUCGGGUAUCACAGCUCGGACAUCAGGACGCCGGUGCUGGAUAAACUCGCUGCAGAUGGAGUGAAGCUGGAGAAUUAUUACGUUCAGCCCAUCUGUACCCCGUCCAGGAGUCAGUUCAUCACCGGCAGGUACCAAAUUCACACCGGUCUCCAGCACUCCAUCAUCCACCCCCGCCAGCCCAACUGCCUGCCCUUUAACCAGGUCACUCUCCCUCAGAGGCUUCAGGAGCUCGGCUACUCCACCCACAUGGUGGGCAAGUGGCACCUGGGCUUCUACAAGAAGGAGUGUUUACCCACUCGCCGUGGCUUUGACACAUACUUCGGCUCCCUGACUGGCAGCGUGGACUACUACACCUAUAACUCUUGUGACGGCCCCGGGCUCUGUGGCUACGACCUCCAUGAGGGGGAGUCUGUCGCUUGGGAUCAGAAGGGCAAAUACUCCACGCAUCUGUACACACGGAGGGUCCGCAAAAUUCUGGCGACCCACAAUCCACUGCUUGAGCCACUCUUCAUAUUUCUCUCGUUUCAAGCUGUUCACUCACCUUUACAGUCUCCGCAGGAGUAUGUCUCCCCGUACCGUGAGCUGGAAAAUGUGGCACGGAGGAGGUAUGCUGCCAUGGUCUCAACUGUAGAUGAAGCUGUUCGAAAUAUAACAUACGCUCUGCGUAAGUAUGGAUACUAUGAGAACAGCGUCCUGAUUUUCUCCACUGAUAAUGGUGGCCAGCCUCUGUCUGGCGGCAAUAACUGGCCUCUUAGAGGGCGUAAAGGCACCUACUGGGAAGGGGGUGUCCGAGGUCUGGGGUUUGUCCACAGCCCGUUGUUACAAAGGAAGAGGAGGGUGAGUAAAGCUUUGGUGCACAUCACUGACUGGUAUCCCACACUGGUGGGAUUAGCGGGCGGCGAUGAGUCUCUGACUGAGGGGCUCGAUGGGUAUAACGUCUGGAAGGCAAUCAGCGAAGGCAAAGAGUCGCCCAGAUUAGAGAUCCUCCACAACAUCGACCCGUUGUACAACCAUGCUCGCAGAGGCUCCCUGCAAAAAGGAUUUGGGAUUUGGAAUACGGCUAUCCAGGCCUCCAUACGAGCAGGAGACUGGAAACUCCUGACAGGAGACCCUGGUUAUGGAGACUGGAUCCCACCGCAGAUCCUUCCAGGUUUCCCCAACAGCUGGUGGAGCCUGGAGCGCCACAUUAAACCCCGAAAAUCAGUGUGGCUCUUCAACAUCUCCAGCGACCCCUAUGAACGCUUUGAUCUAUCCGAGCAGAGACCAGACGUUGUGAAACAGCUCUUGGCCAGACUGGUGUACUACAACCGCACUGCAGUACCAGUACGGUUCCCAUCAGAGGACCCACGGGCCCACCCUCAGCUGAACGAAGGGGCCUGGGGCCCCUGGRUGGGAGAUGAGGAGGAAGACAACUGGGAGAGUGUUUAUCUGAAAAAGAACAAGAAAUUGAAGAAAACAUUUAAACAGUCAAAAAACUGGUCAGUUUUUAGGCACCUCAACUCCAGGUUGAUGUCUAACAGAAUAUAAAAAACAACACAAUUAAAAUCUUUACACUGCAGUUAAUUCUGUGAUGUUUUGAUGAUUAAAAAAAAGGUUUCAGUGAAACGGAGCUGCAGUUCUCGAACUGUGGCUGUGAGUAAUUGCUAACUUUAAUGAGAACUGAUUUUUAAAAAACCCAACAUAACUUUAUGUUGACUGAAUCCUUUUUUCCACCCAUUUAUUUAAAUUUGUGUGUUCUAAAAACAAAGCAACUGGACUUCCAUUCUGUUGGUCAAAUAUGUUUUUGCUUUCAGUCAAGUGAACUUCAUCAAUUCAACAAAUGGAGAGUGUAGCAUUCCUUGCGUUAGUAAAAAUGAAUCCCUUUUUUUGUGAUUGUUGCUUUGUUUUGCUUAAUGACUGAGAAUAGACACCAGAGGUUUCCAACGCUGGUCCUCAAAGACCACCGUGGUCUGCUGGACCCACUAUCUUGCAAGCUUUAAAGGUUUCUCUGCUCCAACGCACCUGAUUUGUAUGAAUGAGUUUUGCAGAACGUAAAGAGGUAAUUCAGUCACAUGAAUGAGAAGGGGAUCUCUGCAGUCACUAGUUUCUUGUUUUGUGGGAGGAGUUUGUCAAGACAUAAUUGGUCUGUUUGAUUUUUGUGGGAGGAGUUUAUUAAAGACGUGACUGGUCAGAUUGACCAUUUUAGCUUAGGUUUGAAGAACCCGGGGCCGCUUGGGAGGCACGUAGCUUGGUCAAAAUGCCCAGAGAGCAACUACUGUAUAUUUUUAAAUAUAAAUAUUAAUUUUAAUAACUCCAGACAAGAAGGUGAAGUCAGUAAAUUAUGAUUACAUGAUUACAUUACACAAUAAUUUUGAUUUGAGACAUUGUUUUGUUUUAAACUAUAAAUACAUUGUGAAUAAAUUAUAUUUGCAUGUUCAUGAUCCUUUUACUAUUAACCAUUCCUUUUCACUUGCGCCACAAGAUAAGUCAUUUCAACCAAUCACAGUUUUGCCUUUAACUCCACCGACCCAAGAACCUCCGCCUACAUUAUAAACUCUGCCAAUCACAGCUAGGACAAACUCCACCCACACGAAGAACUCCACUUAUCCUGGUGCAGGCAAAAAUAAUAAAUAAAUAAAUAAAUAAAUAAAUAAAUAAAUAAAAUGCAGGACAGCAGCCCUCGAAGACCAGGGUUGGACACACUGAACUAUACCACAUGUACAAAUAAAUUAGAAAAAGCUUUAAAGAAAGAAACCAAAAAGUCCUGCAUAUUGAUAAUUUAACAUUUGUUAUAAUUUUUUGUAAACAGAUUUUGUAUUUUAUUAGACCAGUUCCAUCUUAGGAAAAGUUUAGAAAAAAAGGAUGGUGUGAUUUUAAGCAGCAGAAAUUAGGAAAUGUUCCAGAUGUGGAGAGACAGCAUGAAAUAUUCAAGAUACAAGAUUAAACUUAAUACAGAAAUAAUGAGGUGGCCAUAUACAACAAAUCUAAACAAUAGGAAAAUUCAGCAUUUACAUGAACCUACAUGCAAAAUGUGGUUGAUGAAUCUUGAGGCAGACAUACAUAAAACUGAUCUGGAUCAUGACUCGGUUGAUAGAUUAAACCACCUCUAGGUUCCACAUCAAAACAAACAUAAUAAUCUUUUAAAUAUGAGCAGUUUUUGAAGCCAGAUGCUUCAGAUCCUCAGGGAAGUUUGGUUCUCGUUUAAUUUAACAUCUGUUGGUUCAGUCUUAACAGCACAAUGUCUUAUUGAAACCUACAGAGUCAGAGUGUGCUUGAUUUUAUUUCUGCAAUAUUAAAGAUCCAUUUUGUUUUACAGGUAAAACAUGGUUGAGUUUGCUGUCAUAUAGAAUCUGACCUCAUAGCUGCAAACUGAGAAAAUAAGAUCCAUGUAAUGUGAAAGUUGUUAGGUUAAAGGUCAGUACUGAAACAAGAAGAGAUCUGUAAAAACAAAAAUCACAAAACUGGGGGAUUUUUAACUGAACUAGAAUCAGAUCUAACAGGAUGUAAAAGUCACUGUGACUUCCUGCGUGAACUGAAAACUGUUUGGCUUCAUUAUAGAUGUUUCAGCACUACUUGCUGCUGCUGCUUCCUGUUUUUGACAGCUUUAUAGAUGUGGGGUUGUCAGCCUUUAAUGUGACUUUCACAUAUAUUUUACUGUUCCCCUCUGUGGUCUGAAGGAAGCCUGAUCAAAACAAAAAACAAAAAACAAACAAAAAAAAUGUCCUAUAUGGAUCUGCAUUAAAAAAGGUUGGCCAGACUCAGCUGCCAACUCUUCCAGGGGUCUUAUUGAGAUUUGCAAAAGAGACCUUGUAAACAGUAAUAUUUAACCCUCCUGCUGUCCUAGGGUGAAAAAAAAAGCCAGGGGGCUUUUAAAAAGGUCAAGUGCAGCAGGAGGGCUUAAAAAAAAGUACAUUUUUCUCAGUUCAUGUAUUUACACAAAUCUUUAUUCCAUAUAAUUUUUAGUUUUUAUGUCUUUAAUGUUUUAUUCACACUUUACUCAGCAUCAGUUCUGUUUGGAAACAGGUCUGUCUUAUUGUAAUAAAAAAUGUUUUUACGAAAUUGUGAAUUUGACUAGGACAGGGGUGGAAAAUAAUCUGAAAUUCACUGUUGCAUGUUCUUAGGACCUUUUUUCAUUCCACACAGUCAUUUCAAACYUCAAAUUAAGAAAAAGGUAAGACAUAAACAGUUCAUUUUCAGUUGAGGAAUCAUCUGAAAUAUUAAAUGUACUUCCUGUUUUCCUUAAUGGAAGUUUCAGUUUUAGAACAAACCUAAAACUAUUUAGUAAACGGAAAACAUGUUUAGGUAUUUGAAAAUCUUCUCAUCACCUGUCUUUGCCUGUCUGUUAGCAAAGUGUGUCAUGAACCACUGGACAGAUCUGAAUAAAACUCUCUGAAAGUAA